UUGUGCGCGUGGCGGGGCGGGGACCGACAGAGCGCCUGAAGACACACGAGCGCGUGCGAUGAGAGGAGGGGAGGAUACUGGGACAAGCCAACAGUCAAUAUUUUUAUAGCGAAAAAGAGGAGGUGAACCUUACAACAUCAAACGUUUCAUGCUCGAAUUUGGUCCAUCAGUAACUUUUCAUUACCUGUACGCCAAACAAAUAAUCCAUAUAACAGAGAAAACGUUGUGAAGCUCACAGUCGUGUGGAUUUUGACAGCCUGUGCCCCACUUUUGUUUUACAACUAAACCCAAGGAGACGAGACAAGUUGCCAUGGAAACUGUUCUGGUCUGCCUUUUUUCCCUUCUAGUCUAUGUGACGGCUUUGUCUGACAUCGAUGCCAAAGAUGGAAAAAAUAAGAUGUUGGACGUGUUCACAUAUGACUAUGAGACUUUAAGGAUUGGAGGUUUGGCAUUUGCAGUGGUCCUGUUUGCCCUGGGAGUGCUUCUUAUUCUCAGCCGCAGAUGCCGCUGCGGUGUCAACCAAAAGCCCAGGACCCCAGGAGAUGAAGAAGCUCAAGCAGAGAACAUCAUGGUCUCCAAAGCUAAGGAGACCCCUGCAGCAGAGAACUGAAAGCAUCCAGUGAUGAAGAACACAUAGCUGUGGCUGAACCACUUCACUGAUGUUAAAGAUGAUGAAGCUGAUCCAGACCACUGCUAUGGGAAGAACGUGAAAAGAUGAGGGGGGAGGAGACUAUCACUCGGGUUAUUAUUUGGCCAGUGUCUUGUUCGUAGACCUCUAGUCCUGUCACGUGACCAGUAACCGUAUCCGUCUAUCCGUCCGUGCCAUUUUGCGACAGUUUGUCUUGUUUAAGUAAAACUAGCCACUUGCUGCAGAUCCUUCCUAAACUUGUCGAAUCCUCCCCAGCAGAACUUGUAGUUUAAAGGGACAGUUCACCCAAAAAUUUGCUCAUGUUUAUUUAUUUAUUUUUUUAAGCAUUUUCCAUAAAGCAGUUCGUAGUGACCAUAGCAUGUCAAGCUCACAAAAUAAAAAAAAAAUCUUUUUUUUAUCGGUAAUGUCAACAAAAAAAAAUUCUAAAGGAUACACAAAUUUCAGUGGAGGUAAAGAUACUUAAAUAUUAUGUAAUAUACAGAACUAAAGUAGUGUUUUUUAUUUUACAUUCAGGAUACUUUGAUGAUUUGUGCUUAUUCUUUAUAGAGCUUGGUAGACAAAGUCACCAUAGAUAAAUAAAAUAAGGUCACAAAAAAUGGUUUGGAAUGACACAAGUCAAAACAUAUUUUUUUUCGGGUGAUCUAUCCUUUUAAUAAUUUAGUGUUUUUAAAGGAUUAGUUAAUUUUUUUUUUUUUAAAUCCACCAUGUCAUCCAAAAUGUUGAUGUCUUUCUUUUUUCAGUCGAGAGGAAAUUAUGUUUUUUGAGGAAAACAUUCCAGGAUUUUUCUCAUUUAAAUGGACUUU